AUGCAACGGCCCGUCAGCGGCGUUAUUCUGUCCGCACUGCUCUUCUCCACCGCCCUGGCAGCCUUCGCCAUUGGCGCCUGGUCUAGUCAUCGCUGCGACCAACACUACCGCAGCAGCGUUAGCGGCAGCGGACGCGGCAGCGGAGGCGUCAUCAGCCGCGGACUCACGAGCCGGCCGCUGCUAGAGGAUGGGGGUGUCGGUCGGGGCGGGCUGCGUGCGCUGCGGCUCGAGUACGGCACGACGUACUGCGCGCUCCACGGUAUCGGGCCCGCGGGCGGCUUCUGUGUGCACCCCAAUGCUUCCCAACAAGCUGCUGCAGGGUCCGUCACGGCCACUUACCUGGAUUCCAAGCUCUGCACCGCCCUCGGCGGAUUGUUCCUCGCCCAGCGUGUAGCCGAUUUCGGGGCCGGUCUGGGACAGUACGGCAGGUGUCUUGGUUCCAUUGUACGGCAGUACGUGCCGUACGAUGGUGCCGAGGGCGUAGAGCCUGUGUGGCUGGGUACGACAUACGACUGGGUGAUGUCGUUGGAAGUGGGCGAGCACGUUCCAUCGGAGCACGAGGAUGCCUUUUUAAGCAACUUGCUGCGCCAUGCGACGCGUGGCGUGGUACUUAGCUGGGCAGUACCAGGCCAGGGCGGUCAUCAUCACGUCAACGAGCGGCCUAACGCCUAUAUUGUAGAGCGGGUUUCGGAUCUGAGUGGCCUUGGCAGCAGCAAGGGUAGUGGGGGUGCUGGUGGUUUCGGGGCCGCUGGUCGGCGGCGCUUCGUCUUCAACGCCAGUGCCAGCGCUGCAUUGCGAACAGCUAGCAGCUUCAGCUGGUUCCGGAGCACCUUGAUGGUGUUUGAUGUUAUACACCAGUAG